GCUGUCCCGCGUAAAUUGUUGCCAAUUUCUAAAAUGGUGAAUUCAUGCGGUGGUAUGACGUCGAGCCGUCCUCAAGGUCGCCCUAUGAUGGUGAUGACAUUCCAGUUUUGUGUCGCGAGUGAAAAGCAGUCCGAGGCUCCGUUGUGUAUGACUCCAGCGCGCCCAGAUAGUCGCGCUCCGGCACUCUGCUGCACCUCGAAUCACCGGUGACUACUGAGUGCGUUGGCAACGCCGUUCGGCGAUCCUGCGUUUGGUCAGGUCGACGUAACAGAUCUCAUCACCAUCCCAAAUUCGGCUGCGAUGUGGCAGCCCUGGCCUCGACUAUAUAUUCCGCCCCGACAGUACGGGAUCUUCUGUAUCACCCCAUUACCCAUCUACCUAAUCGUGUAAUUAGUAGAGAGCACGCCGACCGCUCUCGCCAACGAUGUCCCAGCCACUCAUUACCUUGUAUGACGUUCCCGCUUCAAUCCCACAACCGUGGGCUCCGAAUAUCUGGCGUGUCCGCUUCAUCCUCAACUUUAAACGUCUCCAUUACCGGACGGUGUGGAUAGAAUUCUCCGACGUCGAAGCUACACUACGUUCUAUCAACGCACCACCGACCGCCUACAGAAGCGACGGGAGACCAAUUUACUCACUCCCUGUAAUAGUCGACUCCCUCCGCUCCAGAUCCCAUCCCACCGUACUGUCCAACGCUAAUAUCAUCGCCGAAUACCUCGAGGUCACCUAUCCAGCUCGGCCAAUCUUCCCAGAUGGAUCGCGCGCGGUCCAAUCGCUCUUCGUCCACUACAUUCAGGAGGUCUUCGCGAAGCCACUCCUUCCCAUCCUCGUCCCCUUGACCCAUCAAGUGCUGCCCGAGCGCAGUCAAGCCCAUUUUCGCGGCGCUGGAGCUGGUGUACAGCUGACCGGCGCGCAGCGGGAGCAGGCGUGGAGAGCGGUGAAGGAGCAGUUCGAUUUUCUUGCUAGCAUUCUCGACAAGAACAACGGCGCCGACGGAAACGGCGUCGUAGUGAUGGGAAACGACGUCAGCUACGCGGACUUUGCCUUGUGCUCCGUGCUAAUUUGGAUUGAGCGUGUAUCCCCUCACGAUGGCUGGGCCCGAGUCAGACAGUGGAACAACGACAGAUGGGUGCGUUUGUGGAACAAAUGCAAGGAUUACAUGGACGUGUUGUGACGGAGACAUGACACAUCGCGCCGCUGGCGGCAUUUCCAAACUUGUAGCGCUAGGAGCACAUCAUCACCUCUCAUUGUAUACGCUGGCAUAGAUUAGCGACCGCUAAAUUAUCUAGACACCACAGCUCGUUCGCGGCUCACCGUUAUUACCAUAAAGCCUUAGAUAGAUGCCACACGCGGGGCACCGUAAUAGAAUGUCAGACACACUUAUUUGCAUUGUCACUUCAGCGGACAAGCUUUGCG